AACAUGAAAAGAAAAUGUCAGAUUGACAGGAAAACAGCACUGACGUGAAAUAUAUAGAAAAAGCUUGUGAGUGAAAAAGUGUUACUAGAGCUUGUCUGACUAGUAAAACGUCUCUGAGUCAUAAAACAGAUUGAAACGGGUUUUCUUUGCUGCUGAAUGUAGUUAAAAUGCCCUCACAACUUGUUGGAUCACCGCUGAAAAACAAGCAUUGGCUGGAACUGACUUCGAACGGUGAAAAAAAACUUUUAUUGGUGAGUCCUACUGCUGCUUUGUGUGCAAAGACAAGAAGAAACUACUCUUUCUGAUUUUUACUUUUUAUUUUUUAAAUCUUACGAGAUCAUGUGUCUCUAAAAACAAGAACUGUCUCGUUUGUAAAAGAAGAUCAUUGAAAGAUGGUCCAACAGUGAAUUUUAAUCUGGGUGAAUUUUACAAUCAAGGAACAGACUGACUCCUUAGCUGGAAGACCAAGAUCAACAUCAUCUGAGUGAAAAACAAGCUAAAAUGGGGGUCUGCACUAAACAUCAAGAAGUUCCUCAUUUGUUCUGUGAAGACGAGCAGAGAGCUGUGUGUCCUGUCUGUGAGUUUUCUCUCCACCAGAGUCACAAAGUGGUUCCCAUGGAACAAGCAGUCAGUGAGCUGAAGAAGCAGCUGAAAUCUGACUUAAAGUCUCUGCAGGACAAGAAUGACAAAUACAAACAGGUGGAGAAAACUUACGAUGAAAUGACUGAACACAUAACAAAGCAGGUGUUGUCUACAGAGAGACAGAUCAGAGCAGAGUUCAACAAGCUCCACCAGUUCCUGAAAGAGGAAGAGGAAUCCAGACUGGAAGCUCUGUGGGAGGAAGAGGAGCAGAAGAGGAAGACAAUUAACAAGGAAAUUAAGAGGGUUCAGGACCAGAUCUCCUCUCUGUCAGACAGUAUCUCUGCUGGUAAAGAAGACCUGCAGAAAGACAACCUGUCAUUCCUCAGCAGUUAUAAAGCCACUCAGAGCAGAGCCAGAGCUCAGAGCUCACUGUCAGAUCCACAGCUGGUCUCAGGAGCUCUGAUAGAUGUCCCCAAACACCUGGGCAACCUGUCCUUCAGAGUCUGGGACAGGAUUAAGGGGAAACUGUACUUCAGUCCCAUCAUUCUGGACCCGAACACUGCAAGUCGAUGGCUCUCUCUGUCUGAUGAUCUGACCAGCGUGAAGAGAUGCGACACAAAGGAGAAGCUUCCUGACAAUCCAGAAAGAAACAUCAAUUACACCAAUGUUUUUGGUUCUGAAGGCUUCAGCUCAGGGAGACUCAGCUGGGAGGUGGAGAUGGGAGAGCAUCCUCGCUGGAAUAUCGGUUUGGCAAAAGAGUCUGUGGACAGGAAGGGAGAGACAUGUGCUUUGCCAAGAUAUGGGAUCUGGUGUUUAGUGCAUGGUGACGGAAAAUACACUGAUGGUGAGAAUAACAUCGUCACAGAGAAGCAGAGUCUCCAGAGGAUCAAAGUUCAGCUGGACUAUGAGAGGGGGGAGGUGUCCUUCUAUGAUUCUGAGGACAUGUCUCACAUCUACACUCACAGAGACAUUUUCACUGAGAAACUCUUCCCUUAUUUUUGUGUUGGAAAAGCAGGUGAAGCUCAAUCUUUAUAUAUCAGGCUCUGUAAAACGAAAAUUGAUUUUUAAUUAUCACAGAACGAGAGUUUUUACUUCAGAUAAGAAGAUGUAUUUGUUUCCUAAUGUCAGAGAAAUCUUGUUUGAAUUUCAUUUCUUGGGCAGAUUUUCUAAGAAGAUACAUAUGAAAACAGUAAAAAGGACACUUGAUAUUAGCUGCAACAUGAAUUAUUUGUGAAAAACAAUUCUAAAGUGACUCCAGCAUAAGCCUUCAGACUUCAGUGCCUUAUUUGUACUGGAUAUAAAUAUGCAGAAAUCCAGAAAAAAGCUGAAAUCUAAAAUCACAAAUGUUUUUCUAUCCAUUCAAAUUUACCCAAUGGAUUCACUGACUUACUGUAAUGUUUUGCAUGAAAAUGUGAACAUCCAAAGAUGGAGACACUAAUAUCUCCAUUUUGGUCAGAGCAGUGUUUUAAUUCUAGUUUCUAACGUUGUUGUACUGUACCAACUUGUAAGCACAAGCUAAUGGAAAUAACUAAGGCAUUAAUGUUUGUUGUUGCAUGUGUGGUCUUGAAAAGAAACAUUUACAACAUUCAAAAUUGACAUGUAUAAGAUGCCAACAUGAACACUGUCUGGAAAAUCAUUGAUAAAGGAUUUGUGUAGUUUUUA